CGGGGCUCGAGACUGAGUAGUGCGAAGUGAGGCGGGCGGUCAUGAGAAAAGUAUGGACCGGGGACAUGGAGUGUUAUGAAAGACAGCGAGAAGCGGGCGCUGCCGAUUUCUACGCCUGAAUUCAGCGGUGACACCGAGCGUGGAGCCGCGGAGUGACGGAAAGAGCCGCUCGCCACGGGAUAUUCGCUCAACAAUGGCGACUCCCCAGCAGUGAAGAACUUUGCUGCCGUGCACGCCCCCCCACCUCCCUUCUCAGUCCCUGACACCUUGACGCAACCGCUUUCCGCCUCCUCCCUUCCGAACCCCCUCUCUGUUUCAAACAUGGAAUCCUCUGGAGGUUUAACUGCUGCCCAGGAUGCACAUCUGGACCUGCGGAGCAGCCCCGGUCGCUCUGAUCUCAGCGGAUUGUACCAUCUGGGUCGGACGUUGGGCAGAGGUCACUUCGCUGUUGUUAAACUGGCCCGUAAUGUCAACACGGGCCAACUGGUGGCUGUUAAGAUGAUAGACAAGACAAAACUCGACGUCAUGGCGACAAGCCACCUUUUACAGGAAGUGAGGUGCAUGAGGCGGGUGCAGCAUCCCAACGUAGUCCGCCUCUACGAGGUCAUCGACACACCCACCACUCUCUACCUGGUGAUGGAGCUGGCCGAGGGUGGCGACCUCUACGACUAUAUCCUUCGCCACGAGGGAGGCGUGGCCGAGGGUACCGCCAAGCGUCACUUCGCCCAGAUUGUGCGUGCCGUGGCCUACUGCCACCAGCUCCACGUGGUGCACCGGGACCUGAAGCCCGAGAAUGUGGUUUUCUUCCCUCAGCAGGGCGCCGUCAAGCUGACAGACUUUGGGUUCAGCAACUUAUUCCAACCCGGGAUGAUGCUGGCCACCAGCUGCGGGUCGCUGGCAUAUUCUGCUCCUGAGAUUCUGCUGGGAGAAGAGUACCAUGCUCCAGCUGUGGAUAUCUGGUCUCUGGGGGUGAUCCUCUACAUGCUGGUAUGUGGAGUCCCUCCCUUCCAGGAAACCAACGACAGCGAGACUCUGGUCAUGAUCCUGGACUGUCGCUACACCAUCCCCGAACAUGUUUCUGACGACUGCAGAGAUCUGAUCUCCAGCAUGCUGCAGAAGGACCCUUCUCGCCGCGCCUCACUCAAUGAGAUUGAGGCUCACCACUGGCUGCAGGGGCUGGAUAACGCCCUCCUCAGCCCAGAGCCCCCCCCACACUGGCUCUCAGGGGCUCUUUCUCCCAGCUCUCCCCGCUCAGGAGUGCCCGAGUGUGGAGAUCUGCUCGCUGAGAGGCCAUCGUCUCAGCAGGCGUUCCCUGGGCCGUGGCAGCCCAGCUUCAGCUUCACCCUGCGUCCACCUCCAGCUGAAGAGCCUCCGAUUGCCAAGAACCUUCCUGCGCUGCAGCAGAUCUGUGAGGAGGAAGAAGAUGAAGAUGAAGAAGAAGAAGAAGAAGAAGAGGAGGAUGAAAGUAUGCUGAAAGAGGGAGAAGGUUUGGCCUCUUUACUAGAGGGAGAGCCAGAAGGAGAUGCUAGAGAGACGGUGGAUGGAGAAGAAAGCCACGAAAUCAGGGAAGAGGAAGAGAAAGGGUUAAGAAGCUCAGUGGAGGUAAUGGAGGAGGACAAAGCAGAGAUGGAACUAGAAAUAGAAAAUGAAGACAGUGGGUGUGUGAUUUCAGAUCAGCCAGUCAGUCAUGGAGACACGCUGGUCAGUCAGACUCCUGAAGUUCCACCAUCCUCUCAGCUGGGUUUGAGGGUACCGUGUUGUCAGGGACAGCGAGACAUCACAGCCCGAGAGGAAGGCAAAGACGAGGAGAUGGAACCCAACAACAACACCAACAAACCCCGUCCUCCUCUCCCUAAAUCUAACUCCCAUCCCUCCCUCAUGUCCUCUGCCGGCCUGAACGAGAAGGAGAUGCAGCAAAGAGGAAGAGAAGGAGAACAAGGCGAGUGGGCAGGAGAAAGCGGAAAAGACGACCUCCUAACAGACAGGUCUCAACCCCAGAGUGCGGCGGCGACCCGCGAUGAGUCGACUCCGAGGGCGGAGCAGGGAAAACGGCACAGCAUAAAGCUUCGCGAGCGCCUCUUUCAGUUCCCUCUGUGUGAGAAAGCUCUGGCCUUCAACAUACCGACACACAACAAGCCCAAAAUCCUGCCGCUGGCUCAGUACAACUGCUGCCAUGUGCUCUAAGUGAAACUGGCCUCGGUGCUUUUUGAUGUGCUGCUUCCACGUUUGGGGGGGGGGGGGGACACGGGGGGGGGACACGGGACUGCUUAGCAGUCAGCAGGUCGCUGGCUGCCCAGCGUGGACCGCUGACCUCCCCGCUGAGGCACAAGAGCGAAACGUCCUCAGCGUACAAACGAGUGCACACGAAGAAACAUGCACAGCUUCAUACGAACAAACUCUCCUCUCUAGCGUUUUGCUCAUCGGAUAAACGUUUGGAGAGCCGGUGUUGAGCACAGUAAUCAAACUUAGUAGAACUUCAUCCCUUUGCUGCUGUGUACAGGAGCCACCAUAGAAUUAAACCAGACUGUUUCCAGUGUGUAGCUUAGAAACUGUAUAUGAAUGAGGAAGACUGAGGAAAGGAGGCGACACGGAGAGAGGGAUCUCAUAACCACAAGCAGUUUAUAUCGAAUAAGCUAAAGUCCUUUUUGUUUGUUUGUUUGGUGCCUAAUAGGAUAAAAGUGGAUUCAUACUGUAAAUCAUUUCAGUCCCGACUGCAAAAGCUCCGAGCUCCUUAUUUUAUUAUAUGUGAAUAUGAACCUUUAAACUAGAGCUGCAACUAUUAUUUUUAUUGUUGAUUAAUCAGCCAGAUAUUCUGAUGGAUUUCUUUAUUUUAUCAGAAAACUGAAAAAUGGUGUUCCCAAAAAAAAAAAAAAAAAAAAUUAGGAGGUGGUUCAUUAAAACGACCGGUGGACCAAAACCUGAAUUCACUUUAAGACCAAAAAGGUAGAAAACGGAUACAUUUGACGACACUGGACCAUCAGACAUUGGAUUCUUUAUUUAUUUAUUUUUUGGAAGAACAGAUAAUUAUUAAAACAGUUGCAGAUACAUAGAUGUGUUAAUUUAUCUUGAAUCAGAUUCUGCUGCAGAGUAGCACUUCCUUCCUUUGCACAUCCUGCCUGUCACAUGGGUUUGAAAGCUCUUAAUAUAAGCAAGACUGAGACUGUUACAAUAUGAUAUGUUCAGAUAUGAUACUGUAUAAUACACCCCUGAGAAGAGGACAAUAUGAUUUCCUGUUCUCUUAAUCCUUUGGUCUAAAAGAAAAUAUAUAUAUCGUCCUAACAUACUGUAUAAAAGUGUUUCCGCGCUCACUGGUCGUUGACUGGAAUGCAGGUCUUCCAUUUUUCGUUUUAAUUCUGCUGAACUAACAUUUCGUUUUAUUUUGGACGAACAGUUUUAAAGUUCCUUGAUUUAUUAUUUUUUUAUAACGUGACAAAGAUAUGAAUCCUCUGAAGAGAUAUGUGACUUUGUGCAUGGUAAUACUGUCAUUUAUCACCAUAUACCUCCACGUGUCUUGGACCUGACGGGACAUUCGUUGUUUCAUUGCUCUUGUGUGACUGUAAGUACUUUGAGGUAACCCACUGAAUAAUGAAUUGCACACAGUACGACUACUGUAGCCGGCAGCUUUUAACAAGCAGUGUCCGGGGACUGAUGGCUAAGUUUGUUGGGUCGUUCAGACCGAACCACGACGGCUUGUUAUUAUGUAGCUGAGGAGUCUCUCCGAUUGGGAUUAUUUUGACACAUAAUGGCUCUGUGUGUUCUGUACUUUUUCCUUUUUGACGCAAAGACGAAGGUGUAAAGUUUUGUAGGGUAACAGAAGGUCAAAGCUGUACAAUAAGCUACAUGUUGCUCCUGUAGUUCAGUAACCAGAGCUUACUAUUGUCAGUCAGUGCAGCUUCACGAGCUCAACAAAUUGGAUUUUUCAUCAGGACCGGCGAUCGCUGGUUCCCUGCCUAUAUGAGGAGCGGCUGUCACGUGAAAUCUGAUUAUCGCUCAUGUCUCAUCAGCCGUGGAAGCAUAAAAUCUGUGCAGUAGGGGGAUAAAAUUAUUUGCUUCUAUGUGAUUGCAGCCCGUCCCUCCUCAGUGCGUCUGUCUGCUGACCUGCAUUAUUACUAGGACCACGUCUCUAUGGAGCCAUGAACUUGUUUUUCUGUUUAUUUAUUAAAAUGGAUUCAAUCAGCA